CUCGCGACCGCGGCGGCGUGGUUAGCCCCGGCAAUAGGCGCAACGGCGGAGGGGACUGCAGGGACGACGACGCCGGGGCGGGCGCUGUACGCAGAGGGGAGUGGUAGGCGGGCGGCGCCGGCGGCUUCAACUGCGGCAGCCACGGCUAGGGCGACGGAAGAAGGAACCCCGUCAGCCGGCGGUCGAGUUAGGCCUAAGCUGCGAGUGGAGCCGCUAUCUCUGUCCUCUGCGGGGGAUCUCCAUAGAGACUGUGACAUACACAGAGGAGGGGGUCCGCGAGUAGCUACCGGACCGGAGCCAGCUACUCGGCCUCUGUCGCCGCCGCCGCCUUCCCUGCUGCCUGUGCGCAUUCUCUCUCCACUCUGCUCGCAACCUCGCGGUUCCUGUAGUGCCUGUACCCUACGGUGUGGGCAGUCGGACAGGCUUUUGGGCUGGGGGUGGGCGGGGGGUGCUCUAAGGCGCCCGCCUUUGCCUCUCCCACCCCCUUACCCGCCCCGGAGCGGGAAGCAGUGGAGGCUCGGCCAUGGCCUCGGGAGCCGGAGGAAUAGGAGGGGGCGGUGGCGGUGGCGGCAAGAUCCGGACGCGGCGUUGCCACCAGGGGCCAAUUAAGCCUUACCAGCAGGGGCGACAAAAGCACCAGGGCAUUCUUAGCAGGGUUACAGAAUCAGUUAAGAAUAUCGUGCCAGGAUGGCUACAGAGAUACUUCAACAAGAAUGAAGAAGUAUGCAGCUGCUCCACAGACACAAGAGAGAUACCACAGUGGCCAGAAAGUAGAGAAGAUGAUCAUCUGAUAUAUGCUGAUGAGGAGAGCACUAAUAUUCAUGAUGGGAGAAUCACUCCUGAUCCAACAGUAAGAAAUACAGAAGAACCCUCAACAACUAGUACUGCUUCAAAUUAUCCAGAUGUAUUAACAAGGCCUUCUCUUCAUCGGAGCCAUCUGAAUUUCUCCACUUUGGAAUCUCCUGCUUUACACUGUCAGCCCUCCACAUCCUCGGCAUUCCCAAUUAGCAGUUCUGGAUUUUCCCUUGUGAAGGAAAUUAAAGAUUCUACCUCUCAGCAUGAUGAUGAUAACAUCUCAACUACCAGUGGAUUUUCUUCAAGAGCUUCUGAUAAAGAUAUAACUGUUUCAAAGAAUACUUCGGUGCCCCCUCUGUGGUCCCCAGAGGCUGAACGUUCUCAUUCACUCUCACAGCACACUGCCACCAGCUCAAAGAAACCAGCAUUCAAUUUGUCUGCCUUUGGAACACUUUCUCCUUCACUUGGGAGUUCUUCAAUCCUUAAAACAAGUCAGCUUGGAGAUUCUCCCUUUUACCCUGGAAAAACAACGUAUGGUGGGGCAGCAGGUGCAGUGAGACAGCCUAAACUACAAAACACACCAUAUCAGGCACCAUUCAGAAGACAGAUGAAAGCUAAGCAACUCAAUGCAGAAUGCUAUGGUGUGACUAGUUCAACAGCUCGGCGAAUAUUGCAGUCUUUAGAGAAGAUGUCGAGCCCUCUAGCGGAUGCAAAAAGAAUUCCAUCUGUUGCUGCUUCUCCACUGAAUUCUCCUCUGGAUAGGAGUGGAAUAGAUUCCACCACAGAUUUUCGGCCUAAAAGGGAAAAGGUGGUCUGUCAGUAUCCCCCUGUUCAGAGACUCAUGACCCCAAAGCCAGUAUCCAUAGCAGCAAAUCGAACUGCUUAUUUUAAACCAUCUCUGACCCCAUCUGGUGAAUUAAGGAAGACUAAUCAAAGAAUAGAUAAGAAAUACAGUACUGGAUAUGAAAAAAGUAUGACACCAGGACAAAAUAGAGAACAACGAGAAAGUGGUUUUUCGUACCCAAAUUUCAAUAUGUCUGCAGCCAAUGGUGUACCUUCUGGAGUAGGUAGUGGAGGCGGCAAGAUGAGACGAGAAAGAACACGCUUUGUGACAUGUAAACCUCCAGAAGAGGAGGAAAUGGAAGUACCAGUGUUGCCAAAAAUCUCUCUACCCAUCACCAGUUCUUCACUGCCUACCUUUAAUUUUAGUUCCUCUGUGAUCACAACUUCAUCACCAGUUAGUCCUGCACAGUCAUCAACAAAUAAGGUACAAAUGACCUCUCCAAACAACACAAACAGUCCCAUGUUCAGAUUUUCAUCUCCAAUCGUAAAAUCUACUGAGGCAGAUGUACUACCUCCACCAUCUAUUGGUUUUACAUUUAGUGUGCCUGUUGCAAAAACAGCAGAACUUUCUGGCUCUAGUAAUAUUUCAGAACCAAUCACAAGUAGUUCUGCUCAAGAUAUCACUGCAGUGCACAGUACAAGCUGUAAGAAGCCAGAUGAAGAUUUUGAGGGCCCUUUUAGACCUGCAAAAACCCUGAAAGAAGGAAGUGUCCUAGAUGUUCUGAAAAACCCCGGUUUCACAUCACUGAAGCCAGAUUCUCUUGCUGCUGAUCCUACCACCACAAGCCCAGUAGUUUAUACAAGACCGGCAAUAAGUAGCUUUUCUUCUGGUGGAAUCGGGUUGGGGGAAAGUUUAAAAGCCGGAUCAUCAUGGCAGUGUGAUAGUUGUCUGCUUGAGAACAGAGUAACAGACAGCAAGUGUGCAGCCUGUCAAGCGACAAAAUUGCCACCAAGAGAUAUUGCUAAACAGACUGGAAUUGGGACACCAAGUAAAAGUGGCAAAACAACUCUUCCUGCAUCAGGGACAGGUUUUGGAGACAAAUUUAAACCAGCAGUAGGAACUUGGGAUUGUGAUACCUGUUUAGUGCAAAAUAAACCAGAAGCGAUAAAAUGUGUAGCUUGUGAUACACCGAAACCUGGAACCGGUAUUAAGCGAGUCCUUACCUUGCCAGUGACUUCAGAAAGUGCUGUCACUGUGGCUGCUUCAUCUUCCAGCUGCACUGUGACCACUGGUACCUUAGGAUUUGCAGAUAAAUUCAAAAAGCCCAAGGGAUCUUGGGAGUGUCCAGUAUGCUGUGUUCCUAAUAAUCCAGAAGACAAUAAAUGUGUGUCCUGUAUGUCUGAGAAACCAGGAAGCUCAGUACCUGCUUCAAGUAGCAGCACCAUCCCUCUUUCUCUGUCUUCUGGAGGCUGCUUAGGAUUGGACAAGUUCAAGAAACCUGAGGGAAGCUGGGACUGCGAAGUAUGCCUAGUGCAAAAUAAAGCUGAUUCCACCAAAUGUGUGGCAUGUGAAAGUGCCAAGCCAGGCACACAGUCUGAGUUUAAAGGCUUUGGUACAUCUUCCACAUCUUUGAACCCAGCAGCCUCAUCCUUCAAAUUCGGUAUCCCAUCUUCCUCCUCUGAGCCUUCACAGACUUUAACAAGCACUGGAAAUUUUAAAUUUGGGGAUCAAGGAGGCUUUAAAAUAGGUGUGUCAUCAGAUUCUGGGUCUUUAAAUCCCAUGACUGAAGGCUUUAAAUUUUCUAAACCAGUAGGGGAUUUUAAAUUUGGAGUUUCAUCUGAUUUUAAACCUGAAGAAGUUAAAAAGGACAGUAAGGAUGAUAAUUUUAAGAUUGGACUUCCUUCUGGUUUAAACAAUCCAACUUCUUUAGCUCCGUUUCAGUUUGGGGUGUCUAGUCUUGGGCAGCAAGAAACGAAAGAGGAACUGCCUAAGUCUUCAUCUGCAGGCUUUAGUUUUGGUACGGGUGUAAUCAGCUCUACUCCUGCUGCUGCUAACACCGUGGUGACCUCUGAGAACAAGAGCAGCUUCAGCUUUGGGACUACAGACACCAAGAGUGUCUCAGUGGCUCCUUUUAUAUGUAAGACAUCAGAAGCAAAAAAAGAAGAAAUGCCUACCACCAAAGGAGGGUUCACUUUUGGCACUAUGGAACCUGCUCCCCUGCCGUCUGCCUCAUUGUUUGCUUUGGGAAGGACAGAAGAGAAACAACAAGAGCCUGUCACCUCUACUUCUCUGGUGUUUGGGAAGAAAGCUGACAAUGAAGAGCCAAAGUGUCAACCAGUGUUUUCCUUUGGGAAUUCAGAGCAAACCAAAGAAGAGAGUUCUUCCAAGUCGACCUUUAGUUUCAGUGUGGCAAAACCAUCUGAGAAGGAGUCUGAACAGUCAACCAAGGCCACUUUUGCUUUUGGAUCUCAAACCAGUACUACAGCCGAUCAAGGUGGAACAAAGCCAGUUUUUAGUUUCUUGAACAAUUCCUCUAAUUCAAGUACCCCAGCCACUUCAGCUGGAGGCAGCAUAUUUGGUAGUUCCACCUCUUCCUCCAGCGCACUGGUGGGUGCCUUUGUGUUUGGACAGGCCAGCAAUCCUGUGAGCAGCUCUGCCUUCGGUAACCCUGCUGAAUCCAGUACAUCUCAGCCUUUGCUGUUUUCUCAAGAGAACAAACCAGCAACCACAUCUAGCAUGGGUACAGCUAUUACCCCAUUUGUCUUUGGUCCAGGAGCCAGUGGUAAUAAUAAUACUGCAGUCUCUGGUUUUAACUUUGGAGCUACAACCACAUCUAGUUCUUCAGGAUGCUCCUUUGUGUUUGGCACUGGACCUUCAGCACCAUCUGCCAGUCCAGCAUUUGGUGCUAACCAGACCCCAACAUUUGGACAGAGUCAAGGUGCCAGCCAGCCUAACCCCCCAGGCUUUGGAUCUAUAUCAUCUUCAGCAACAUUAUUUUCUGCUGGUUCUCAGCCUGCACCACCUACUUUUGGGACAGUGUCAAGCAGUACCCAGCCUUCUGUGUUUGGACAACAGCCUGGUCAGUCUGCAUUUGGCUCUGGAACAGCUCCAAAUUCCAGUUCAGUUUUCCAGUUUGGCAGCAGCACAAAUUUCAAUUUCACAAACAACAAUCCAUCAGGAGUCUUCACGUUUGGUGCAAAUCCGAGCACACCUGCAGCCUCAGCCCAGCCUUCUGGUUCAGGGGGCUUUGCAUUUACUCAGCUGUCAGCUUCCUUUACAGUGGGGUCAAACGGGAAAAGUGUGUUCUCUUCUGGGACAUCAGUUUCUGGUCGCAAGAUAAAGACUGCUGUUAGACGCAAGAAAUAAAGGUCACAGUGGUGUUUCGCACAAGUUUUAACGAAAGCUGGUGUCUUGCUUUUAGAUACUGGAUUGUACUACAUGCUGGGGUUAUCUGAAGUCAAACCUGCCUAAGGACUUCUUUAAUUUUGGAAUUUUCCUCUUUACAAAAGUCCCGCCAUCACCUCUCGCCAUGCCCUUUCAAAAACAAUUAAUAGUUAGACUGGUGACUGAUUCUUCAGCAGAAAUAUUUUAUGAUCCAGCAAAUUAUUCACUGAUUUGGCUUAGGCUGGCUGAAUUCAGGAAUAGAGCCCGCUCAGUGAAUGGCUUUGUAUAGAACCUCUUCGUCUGCACCAUUAUGUGCGUUGAUACGCGUUUAUGGAACGCAUUUAAUAUUGUAAUUAUCUGAGGAAUUCUGUAUAGAUUAGAGAAUAUUGAAAUGAAUGAUUUCUAUGCUGAGUUUGUGCUGGUGUAUGUGUGAAGUGAGUGAGUUGGGUGUAUUGUGCACUAAAAUUUUCUGAUAGAGGAAGCCUGAUUAAAGAAUGGUCCAUGCUAAGGACUUGUUAGAUCUAGUUCCUUCUCCACUUAAUAAUUAUAUGCUAUUUCUAUAUUUUCAUUCUUCUGACUAUCACCUGUCUUGCCUUUUUCAUUAUUUUAUUAUGAAACUUGUGUAAAUACAAUUUUGUUUCUGUACUUUUUUGGCAUAACAUAAAUCUGUGAACUUGAAGUUUUAAUUUUGUGUUAGAAUUUUUGUUGUUCGUUUAGUCUUGUCUCAGAUUUUAUUAUGUAAAUCCCAUUAUUCAAAGUUGCCUAAAUCCAUUUGGAAAUCUUUAAAAAAAAAUUGGGGAUUCUUAAAGUGAAUUUAUUGGCUUUUCUGAUCCAGUUUUGUUUGGACCAAAAACCAGUAUUGUACAAAGUAUUAAGCAUAUAUUUUUAUAUUUACUGAAAUGGACUGUGGUGACUUUGGAUAAUAAGGAAAAGUUUAAUAUUAAAGCCAUGUUUAUUACAGUAUAAUUAACAUGUUAAACCAUGGGAUAAAUGCCAUCAAUAAAAAAUUGUGAAAUCCUUUUUGUUCUUUUAACUCUGGAAGGGGACCUUUUUUAUAAAGGUUAGUAAUGGUCAGCUAGAAGAGAAGUUUCAGAGAAUGCUUUUAAGUGAUUUGGAUAGUUCCUAAGUGAAGGGGGGAAAUGUCUGAAUUUAUAACAAAUUGAAGGUUCCCGUGCUUUUUGUCUGGUGCUAGGAAUCAUGCCUCCUUUGCAUAUAUGUAAAUUGGCUUAAACUUUUAAAAGUUAGAAUAAACACACAACCAUUUCUGUC